AUGUUCAGCCGGGGUUUCGGGGUAAGCGCAAUGAGGCACCGCGACCUCGGCCCAGAGCAGGAGAAGGAACAGGGGGAUGAUCUCCAAAACAUAGGAUUCCGUGUGAAGCUAGUUCCAGUGAAGUGGGUAAACUAUUGUAUGCUGGAAAUAUGUGGACAUGAGGUAUUCCGAUGUAAUUUAAAGAAUUUGAAAUUCAAUACGUGUGCCAAUCGUGAUGUGACUGCUCGGAAGGCUGUAGAAGCUGUCUUAGUGUGCGCAUCCAUGUUGCGACGCGCUAGCACGUACCUGUGGUUCUGGUCUCUGAUAAAUCAUCAGCUCUUCCGAAGAACUAAGUACGGACCGAAGGACUAUUUCCUGACACCUGCAGACACAAAAAAUGAUCCUACUUGCGCUAGUCCAAGGGAAUGUGUAAAAUGCUGCGGUAUGUUUAUAGAAGGAGAACUCGACUGUUCCCAAUGUCGAGCUCGCACUGGAACAAAAUGUAAAUCUCGUGAAUGUGACUGUACUAAGUAA